AAACGCUACGAUAGAACGAGGCCUUAAAAGGCCCAAGAGUUAAGCCCUUCAGUUCUGAGGCCCACACUACGGAUCCGCACCAGUUUAAAGGUUUAGAUCCAAAUCGAAGGUUUGAAAUUUCUAAAACCCGCCACUCAUUCCCACUACCUCCUUCCACCGCUUAAUCAACUCUCUCUUUCUCUCCUCCUUUCCUUUCAAUCUCUCGGGCUAUUUGCCUGUACUUUCAUGGAAACCUCUGCUGCUGAUCCGUCCAUUUGCCGAGAACCAGAUCCAACCGCCGCCGCCGCCAGCGUCGGAAACGGAAAUGGCAAUGGCGGAAGAACUUUUUACUGCCGGAAGGAGAAAUCUCUCGGAGUCUUAUGCACCAACUUCUUGAACUUGUAUGGUACUCAAGGGGUCGACUCAAUUGGACUAGACGAUGCCUCUUCAAAAUUAGGAGUUGAGCGCCGGCGAAUUUACGAUGUUGUUAACAUAUUGGAGAGCGUUGGCGUGGUAGCAAGAAAACAGAAGAAUCAGUACUCAUGGAGAGGUUUUGCGGCAAUUCCGCAUGCUUUGGAGUGCCUCAAGCAAGAGGCAUUGAUGGAGAAUUUCAGUGCUGCGUCUUGUCUGAACUCAGCAAAGGCUCUAAAAGAGAAUGAAGUUGGACCAUCUUCCAAUGUACCAACUGAUGGUCAAGAAAACAAUUCAGCAGCAUCAGUUUCUGCUGGUAAUGAUAACAAAAGAGAAAAAUCAUUAUGGCUUCUCACACAGAAUUUCGUGAAGCUUUUCCUUUGUUCUGAUGUAGAUUUAAUCACACUUGAUACUGCUGCAACAACUUUGCUGGGUGAUGCCCUAAGUUCUACAGCUAUGAGAACAAAAGUAAGACGACUCUAUGACAUUGCCAAUGUUUUGGCUUCCAUGAACCUUAUAGAAAAGACUCAUCACCCUGAAAGCAGGCGACCUGCCUUUAGGUGGGUGGGAUGGAGGGGAAACAAUGUAGCUCUCGACCCUGUGAAAUUCCAGGCCACCAAGAGAACUUUUGGCACUGAGAUUACUAACUUCUCAUCAAAGAAAAACCGGCUGGGCUGUAUCGACCAGAACCAUGUUAUUGCUCCAGUCCUUAAAAUAUCGCAGGAUUCGCAAAACAAAAUUCAUGGAAGCAACCUGAAGCCAAAGACAGAGGAAGGCAAAUCUAAGAGCUUUGUCUUUGGUCCAUUCAGUCCAGCAGUUACUGACAAAGGUGUAAGCUGCACAGGAAACACAAGUAUGACAAAGAUCCAGGACGUGGAGACUCUAGCUUCUACUUGUUAUCCUCAGUACUGCAAUGAAGCUUUAGGCGAGCUAUUUGGUCAUUACGUAGAGGCGUGGAAAUCAUGGUAUGCUGGAGCUUCAAGAAGAGAAAAGACCCAAGGAGACUCAUGACAGAAGCCUUCCCGUAGAUUCACAACUGAACUCAAUAGAGAUUCACCAUGUCAAGUUUCCUGGUCAGCAGUAGAACGUAUUUUGAAUAUAUUGCUCUUUCUUUGGAUUGCAUUAACUUGAUGCUCUGCACCAACAGAAAUAGCACUCACUUCAACCACAGUUUCUAACAGAAAUACUUCUGAUGAUGCAGUUCUUUUCAUGUUUUAACGUUCAACUUGUUAGAAUGAAAUGCAAGUAAAAGUCAACUGAUUUGUUCACUUCAAUAGUUUUUAAGUUAUUCGUAGGAGGCCCUUGUAUGAAUCUUUAAUUCUUCUUCAAUGUUGAGAGAUUCAUC